AUGAAAACAGGUCUAAACCUCCCUGAGCCUCCAGCCAAGACUUUACUACGUAAUCCGAGCCAACCACUCGACUCCCAGAUACUGUCGGGUCUGUCUCCAAUGUCAUAUGGGACAGAGAUCACACAGUCAGGCUCAGGAGGGACCACGAGGACACAAGGCGCAUCGACAGGCUCAGGAGGGACCCAAGGGAAAUGGGUCACAUCGGCAGGAUCGGCAGGGACCAUGGGAACACGGGUCACAUCCUCAGGCUCAGGAGUUACUAGUUCAUCGAUCGCAAAUAGCUUACCUUACAGUGAUUCCGAAGCUCAGCUAUCUGUAACAAACCAAGCUUUCGACUUCCCAAUGGUUGAGACAUCCAGUAAAACCCAGCAGAGCUCACCAGCAGCGAGUAAAUCCAUAAUUUUACUCAUGUCAAAUAGUCUUUGUCUAGCUGUGACUGUCAUUCCAGUGAUGGCAUCUCCUGUGAUCCAGAAUGAUAUGUUAAUAAGCCUUGCGGAGCUGUCCGGGAAACUGAUCAACUCUCGGCCAAGAACUGUUGACAACAUAGGAUCCAGUAAAAUUACAACAGAUAUUUGUGUAACAGCUGACUGCAUCCGUGCCGCCACUCAAAUCAAAGCUAGUCAGGACCUUACUGCAAGCCCUUGUGAGGAUUUCUACCAAUACACAUGUGGAAGAUGGCUUAGCAAUAGUCAGAUCCGACCUGAUCAGAGCAGCAUGAGUCUAAAAUGGGAAUUACAGGAGCAGAUCGACUAUAAAUUACAUCAGUUGCUUAACCAGACUGCACAAGCACAACAUACACUAGCGGAGGAGAAAGCGAUCAUAUUCUACAAGUCAUGUUUGAAUGAAGGUACAAUUGAAACAUUAGGCCUCGAUGUUAUUAAGCCCCUAUUCGAGGACAUUGGUGGUUGGCCGAUUCUUGAUCGCAAUUGGACUGACCGUCAAUACAAGCUCGAGACCAUGCUGUCUGCUGCUAGAAAAUACACUAUAGAUACACCUAUGUUUAGCAUGAGCGUGGAGUCUGAUCCUAUCUUCCCCGAGAACCAUGUCAUACACCUAGAACAGCCUCAUCUGAGUAUGCCUGACCGGAACCUCUACCUAACAAAUAACAAUGUCUAUGCUGGUUAUGUUACGUAUAUGCUUAAAGUCUUCAAGGCGCUCAGCCCGAACCCAUCAACAAUAGUAAAUGAUGUAAAGGACGUGGUGGUCUUUGAGACGCAACUGGCAAAGUUGACACAAGAAAUGGACCAACAUCCUGAUCCAAACACGGACAAAAGGAUGACCGUUGACCAACUGAUGGAGACCUUCCCCGGGCUGGAUUGGAAGCAAUACAUUUACAACAUCUUCAACAUGGACCAAGUUGGAAUUCCCAUUCACUCCAGUGACAUCGUCGUAGUUAGCAAUCCCGAGUUCUUCCGGAACCUCAUCGGCCUUCUCCGGAACACUUCGGCACGGUAA